GAUCGAAGUUAUAACACUAGUUUCUUGUCCAAUAUAUCCAGGAUCGCAAGCUCUGUGUGGGAGUAGAGAUGGAGAUACCCAUCGCUCCGAAAAUCGGCGGAAUGGGGAAGUAGGAUCGGCUUAACGUUGUAUAAACAAAACACACUUAUAGAGACAUGUUCUUGGAGACGUAGAGGAUGAGACUACCUCGUCUUUACUAUAUUGCCGAUCAUACUGCGACGUCUUAUCGGUCUCUCAAAUAUGUCUCCUCUCCAGCAGUCUGCCCCUGAUGCCGGAAUCAAGAAAAGGGACGUUGGAGCGAGCAAUCUUUUGCUUGGCGCUAGCUUAAAUAUGUUCGAGGUCACCACACUUGGGCAGCCACUGGAGGUCAUCAAGACCACAAUGGCAGCCAAUAGGUCGGAUUCAUUUAUCACAGCCCUGAGACGCGUUUGGUCGCGAGGAGGAAUUGCCGGUUAUUACCAAGGCCUAAUUCCAUGGGCCUGGAUUGAGGCGUCCACUAAAGGCGCUGUUCUGCUCUUUGUGGCCUCCGAAGUCGAGUAUCAUUCGCGGACGGCUGGUGCCUCCGAAUUCCUGUCCGGCAUCGCAGGAGGCAUGAUCGGUGGUGCGGCUCAGGCGUACGCAACGGUCGGGUUCUGUACCUGUAUGAAGACAGCGGAGAUUACUCGACUGAAGCAAGCGGCAGCCGGGCUGAAACCACCGGGUGCCCUAGAGACAUUUGUUACGAUGUUUCGGACGGAGGGAUUGCGAGGAAUCAACAAAGGUGUCAAUGCCGUAGCAAUUCGGCAAGUCACCAAUUGGGGGUCUCGGUUUGGCUUCUCCCGACUGGUUGAGGACGCAAUCCGUAGAGCCACGGACAAAGGGCGCGAGGAGCGACUGGGCGUCGUGGAGAAGAUAUUUGCCUCGGGCGUUGGAGGCGCUCUGGCUAGCUGGAACCAGCCCAUCGAGGUAAUUCGGGUAGAGAUGCAGAGCCUAAAGGCCGAUCCCAACCGCCCCACAAAGCUCAGUAUUGGGAGCACCUUCCGGUACAUAUAUGCGCAAAGUGGGAUACGGGGACUGUACCGCGGAGUCACGCCACGCAUUGGCCUAGGAAUCUGGCAGACCGUGUGUAUGGUGGCGCUUGGAGACGUGUAAGUCCAACCCCCUUGAAUAGAAGAGUGCCUCUCGCUAAUGAAUAUAGGGCCAAGGAAAUGAUCGAAUCUAUAACUCAAAAGCAUGCCUGAUAUUGAGUACAUACUGGGGUUUGAAAUGUUGAAUCGGGGCCGAAUCUUUGCAGAAAACAGUGUUUAGAGUAAAGUUAACAAGAAAAUAAAAGAAAAGCAUAACUUCAGCAGCCUCUGCCACCUCUUCUAUCCUAAAUGCCCGAGCUCUUUCGUAGUGCUCUGGUACACAUCAGCAAGAACACUUGGCGUGUCUCAUUCAAUCUCUUCAGCCAUUU